UCCUCGCGGGCAAAGCAAGGCGGUCUCUUCGCAAAGCCACUCCCGCAUCCGGCGUGACCCUGACGCGAGAAUGCCGCUCCUGUGACGUCAGGCCAGCCAAGCCGGAAGAAGAGCGUAGGGGAAAUAACAAGGAGCUGAGAAGGGAGGGGUUGAGACAGCUGCUGCGGCUGGUUCUUCUUCUGGUUGAAGGUUAUUUCAUCUUCUGUCACAAUGGAUUUGCUGUUUGGGCGCCGGAAGACCCCCGAAGAGAUGCUUCGGCAAAACCAACGGGCUCUGAACCGUGCCAUGCGAGAGCUGGACCGUGAACGGCAGAAGUUAGAAACUCAAGAGAAGAAGAUUAUUGCUGAUAUCAAGAAGAUGGCUAAACAAGGGCAGAUGGAUGCAGUGAAGAUCAUGGCUAAAGACCUAGUGAGGACAAGGCGCUACGUCAAGAAGUUCAUCAUGAUGCGGGCUAACAUCCAGGCAGUGUCCCUCAAGAUACAGACCCUCAAGUCUAACAACUCUAUGGCUCAGGCAAUGAAGGGUGUCACCAAAGCCAUGGCCACCAUGAACAGACAGCUCAAACUGCCCCAAAUCCAGAAGAUCAUGAUGGAGUUCGAGAAACAGUCAGAGAUCAUGGACAUGAAGGAAGAGAUGAUGAACGAUGCCAUUGAUGAUGCCAUGGGAGAUGAAGAAGAUGAAGAGGAAAGUGAUGCUGUGGUCUCCCAGGUGCUGGAUGAAUUAGGUCUGACGCUGACAGAUGAGCUGUCUAACCUGCCUUCGACCGGCGGCUCUCUGAGCGUGGCAGCAGGGAAGAAAGCCGAAGCCUCCUCUGCCGCUCUCGCUGAUGCCGACGCCGACCUGGAGGAGCGGCUAAAGAACCUACGGCGGGACUAGAUGGCAUGGAGCUUGGCUUCCCCCUCCCCUGGCUCUUAAAACGCUCCUGACCUUAGGAUGCUUCUGCCGUGGCAGGGAGUAGGGCCUCGCAGGCUCAUGGGGGUGGCUGUGGGCGGCAUGAGGGGUGGGAAAGGGUUAAAUGGGGCUGUGUAGUGCUCUUGCCCCCCUCCCUUUCCAUUUUAAAAAGGACUUUUAGCCUCACCUGGCAAGGUGGUGGAGGCAAAGGGGUUUUCUUGUUUUGUUCUUCCUGUACCUUGUAACUGCCUCCAUUCCACAAGCCUGGGUGGUUUGGAGACUCCAAUAAGUUCUCUUCUGACUGGUGGGGAGGGUUCAAGUGAUAUCCCUACUGUAAUCCUUGCCCAGACCCUGAUUUUCUUUUUCUGGUGGUGGUGAUGGUGGGUGUGGGGAGACGAGAAGAGAAGCAACAGGCAGCACCUUGGUGGAUACCUCCUGCUCCUGUGAAGGUGGCAAGAGACUUUCCAGCACUUUCCUGGCCUAAAGCUUUAUAUAUAAUCCUGCCCCCUGGAGUAAGGUGGGCCUUGCUGUUGCGUCCAUCUGUCUCUUGUAAUAAAGGUUGUAGAUUUGUACUGAAA